AUGGCUGCUGCUCCUGAGGGUGUCAUCGUAUUAAAUGAAUUGGCAGAAGACUCGCCGCCUAGAGAAUGCAUAGGGGGGCAGCUGCUGCCGCAGGUGCAGGAACAGCAGCCCCAACACCAUGAACAGCAGCAGCACCACCACCACCAGCACCAGCAGCAUGAAGAUAAUCAGGAACACCAGCACCAACAGGAGCAGCAACAGGAAGAUCAGCAGCGGCUGCAGCAACACCGUAUCCAACAGCAGCGGCAGCUGCAGCUGAUCGGAGAGCUGCAGCAGCUGGAAGAGCAGCAGCAGCAGAGGUCUUCUUGGUUUGUUGCAGCAGCAGCAGCAGCCGCGGGGCCCCACAGGACCUUCUCGGGGCCCUCAGAGAGGGGCGACGGUUUGCAUGUUUGGGCUACAGGUGGUUGGCAUGAGCUUGAGGCGGCGCUGCUGCAGCAGCAGCAGCUGCAUCAGCAUCACCACCACCAGCAGCAACAACAGCAGCAACUGCAACAGCUGCAUGAGCACCAUCACCACAACCAGCAACACCAGCAACAUCAGCAACAGCAACAGCAACACCAGCAGCAGCAGCAGCAGCAGCAGCGGAGGCGCUUCUCAAGCGAAGCAGAACUAGGGCUGCUGCGCUGCAGCAGGAAUGCCCCAGCGCAUCUGCGGCUGCAGCUAAUUGGCGGUGCUGCUGCUGCUUGGACAAGAAGGGGACUAACAAGAUCGGAGAGUUGGUGCUGCCCUUGUACGCAGCUUGCUCUUGCUGCAGCAGCAAGCAGCAGCAACGGCAGCAGCAACAGCAGCAGCCAACAGAACUUGACGGGAAAGGAUUGCGGUUUUCUCUUCGAUGAUGAAGGCAGCCCAAGGGAAGAAGAGCCAAGCAGCGUUUGUAGGCACAGCUUUUCUGCUGCACCUGAGGAAGCAGCAGCAGCAGCAGCAGCAACAGUAGCAGCAGCAGCGGCAGCACUAGCAGCAGCAGCAGCAAAAGAACUUGAAGAUGUCUUGGAGGAACGAAGGAGAGAAGCAAAUGCACCUGUCGCUGCUGCAGCAAAAAUUCCUCCAGUGGAGUCGCCGCUAGCAGCAGCUACUGCAGCAGCUGCUGCAGCUGCUGCAGCUGCUGUAGCAGCAGGUGCUACAGCGGCAGCAGUUGCAGGAGACACAACAGCUGCCGCAGCGGCAGCAGAUUCCGUAGCAGCAGCAGCAGAUGCUGUAGGUGCUACACUUCCACGAGACACAGCAGCAGUGCCUGUAGCAGUAGAAGAUGCAGCAGCAGCAGAUGCAGCAGCAGCAAAUGCAGCAGCAGCAGAUGCAGCUGGUGCAGGAGACACUGCACCAUCGGAACCACCAUCAUUAGCACCAGCAGCAGCAACAACAACAACAGCAGCAGCAGCACCGUUCACAUCUUAG